AUAUGGGAUUAUGGAUAUGGAGUAUGAACAUUAAUGUUCUAUUGUGCUGUCAGUUGAACUGUGUAAUUUUAUUGAUGGCCGGUGGGAGCAUAAUAUUACGACAAAACUCAAAAAAAACCUCCUCAAGGUGAAUCCACCUUGAAGGCUUGAACCAUAAAUCGGACAGAUAUAUAAAAAUACUAUCUGUAAAGAUAUCUUAAACUGUGGUGAUAAAUGAUAAUAAUAGUGAUAGUGACAGUAACGUUGAAUGUUGAUAACACGCGUGGCGAGACUUGUUGUAGUACCGACAGUACUGUAUUACUGUCAUCGUUUAAGUAUAUUUUACAUUUUUAAAUCGUGAGUUCGUAACUCGUAAGUACUAUAGACAAUAAGCAUAACCAUAAUAAUAUACCACUAUAAGAUAGUUUGUAUAGAUUGUUACUAUAAAUUUAUAUUUUUAAUAAUGUAUAAAGAUUAAAGAAAUAUACCACAAUAUACACAAUUAUUAUAGUAGGUAGUCUAUUACCAAGAUAAACACUUUAUAGUACUACACUACUAACUAUUAACUACACUACUACAGAACAUUAGAACAAACAACGAUAUAUCAACUUUUUGAUUUCAAUCAAUUUUGCGAUUAUUGUUAUGACAAAAUGAAUGAAUCACCGGAAACCGUACUUUUAAAACCAAAUCACGAUACCGAUGCAAGCACUGCAAAAGAAACUGUUUUAAACGAAAUUGGAAAACGGUCAUUGGAUGAAUCAGAGGAUGUUUGUGAAAGCAACCAUAAAAUAUGUAAGCUUGAAAAGGAAAAAGAUGCCGGACAGUCUAUUCCUCUGUCUAAAAGGCAACUAAAAAAGAUUCAAAAACAACAGAUAUGGAUGGAAAAAAAAGCAAUACGAAAAGAAUUAAAUAAAGAAAAAAAAGUAGAAAAGAAAAAAUUGAAAGCUCAUAUGCGAGAAUUAGGAGUAGAAGUAUCAAAAGUAAAGAGAAAUAAAAUGGCAGAUAGUACAUGUAAACAACGUAUUGUCUUAGACAUGUCAUACGAUAACUUAAUGUCUGAUAAGGAUUUAUGCAAGUGUUCAAAUCAAAUAUUGAGGUGUUAUGGUCUGAAUCGUAGAAUGGAUAAUCCUAUGCAAUUACAUAUAUGUAGUUAUGAAGGAAAAAUCAGAGAGAUCAUGGCUAAACACAAUGGCUCUGAGUUUUGGGAUUUAAAAUACUUAGAAGAUUCAUUUGAUAAAGUGUUCCAGAAAGAAGAAAUUGUUUAUUUGACCAGUGAUAGUAUGAAUGUUUUAGAAAGUAUAGACGAAAACAAAGUGUACAUAAUUGGUGGUCUUGUUGAUCAUAAUUCUUGCAAAGGAGCAAGUCUAAAAAUAGCAAAUGAUCUAGGUAUAGCUCAUGCUCGAUUACCUAUUGAUGAACAUAUCAAUAUGCAAACUAGAAAAAUCCUAACUAUUAAUCAUGUUUUUGAAAUAAUAUCAAAAGUGGUAUCUGGUAUAUCUUGGAAAGAAGCAUUGAUUAGUACAUUGCCGAAAAGAAAAAUGUUUUCAGUCAUAGACGAAGAGGACCUUCUGAAAUAUGAUAAUUGUUCUCUAGAUUAUAGAUCAAAACUAGAAAUUGAAUGUCCAGAAGUAGAAAAAAAUGAAAAUUUAGUAGAAGAAAAUGUUUCACUUGAAAAUUAAAUAAAUAUAUUAUUUUAAAUAAAGUUAUUACUUAUUACCUAAUCAUUAAAAAAUAAAACAGUUAUAUCAUUGCACAUAAGUUUUGGGUACUUUGUUCUUAACACAAUUAAACUGUGGUUCUUAAGCAAAUCAUUGUAAUGGAUGUGAUAAAUCAUUAUCAUUCUAUAAUAUGAAAAAUAAUUUUGAACGGAGACAGUCAGCCCUUGUUUCUAAUGAUAUUUUAUAAUUUAUUUAUAUUAUUAUUAUUAGCAUUGACUAUACAAUAUCCAUA